CCACAUGACCCAGAUCAGAUAUGAGCAUGCGCGAUUUACUCCACGACGUGUGACGCGCUUUCCAAGAUACAAAUUAGUUUCAACUAAUUCUUAAUGUUUUAGUAGUUGUCUUUAAAACGACGCUAACUAAGGUUUAACUAACUAAGGUGUAUCGUUAGAGUGAAUAGUGUGAGCGUUGAUAAAAUGGCAAAACCUUCUGUUUCACGUGCUAGUGUCAGGCCAACGGAUUAGCUACUCGGCUAAUGUUUGUUAGCUGUAAUGCACAAAGCAAUCUGACAGCAGAUCACUAGUAGUUAUCCACCGGUUCCAACAUGGGACGAAAGAAACAGGCCAAAUUCGUGCGCUCUGACAACAAAGGCAAAGAUAAACGGCAUAGGAUGAAGGGGAAAUCUUUAGAGGCCUUUACAGAGGAAAUGCACACAGCUUUUGAAGCAAGUCUUCACCUUGAGGAAGGGGCAGAGGCCCCACAGGUUAAGUUUCCAUGUCCACUUGCGAUGUGGGAGUUGGGUCACUGUGAUCCAAAACGGUGUACUGGCAGAAAGCUAGCUCGCAAAGGCUUUGUACGCAACCUUCGCCUCAAUCAAAGAUUUAAUGGAGUCAUACUGAGCCCAAUGGGGACAAAGUAUGUGACACCAGCAGACAGGGAGAUUAUAGCUCAGAAUGGGUUAGCAGUGAUCGAUUGCUCCUGGGCCAAACUGGAGGAAACUCCUUUUAAUAAGAUGGUCGGCUCGCACCCGAGGUUACUACCAUACCUUGUAGCUGCAAACCCUGUCAACUACGGUAAACCUUGCAAGUUAUCGUGUGUGGAGGCUUUUGCUGCUACAUUCUGCAUUGUAGGUUUUGAGGAACUGGCUGUGCUUCUGUUAAAGAAGUUCAAGUGGGGUACCGUGUUCUUGGAGCUCAAUAAGGUUUUAUUGGAGCAAUAUGCUGCAUGCCGGUCAGAGGAAGAGCUGCUCUCAGUUGAAAAGGAGUUUCUCUCAACUAAACCGGAGGAGGAGGAGUUUGACCCAUUUGAUGUUAACUCGGGAGUAGAAUGUCGGAAUCUAAACAGACGUCAAUGCACACCGGAUGAUGAUGAUGAUGAUGAUUCUAUUGAAUCAGAGUCAGACAGCUCGAGCGAAGAUGAGGAUGAAGAUGAAGCAGAAGAUGAAAAGGGAAGCAGCAGCGAGUCAAAAACAGUGUUGCAACAUCCUGAUGGAGACUGAAUUUAAAAGUACCUAUUUUAAAUACUGACACACUGCCUACUUGGACUAAAAAGGUUCGGGGCUAACAAACUUUGUAUCCAUAAAAAUUAUACUUUAGUAAAAGUGUUUUCCCAUCUGUCAUCAUGGACUAAAUAAAUGAAUAUUUGCAAUUUC